AUGAACUCCACGGUUAAGCGCAAGUUCAACUCCCUGCUCCAGGGCAUCGGGAGCCGGCCGACCAACAACCCAGACUCGCCCUUCUCCUCCUCGACGCGCGAUGGCAAUGACUCUCCUCUGAGCUCGACGCCUGCCUCCACCUCCAGCUCGAGGUUCACAAACAUGGCCAACGACAGCCUCGACUAUCUCAGUAAGAAGCGCCGUGUCGGCGGGCUGCCCUCCACACCGAGCGCAAUCACGUUAACGACCCCGACGAAAGGGCAAACCACGAUCUCCAACAUCACCCUGCGAAAAUGGAACUCCCACGCCGGUCCACCAGGUAGUAGCAGCAGCCCCGCGCCCGGAGCCAUCGGCGGCGGCAAUCAUGCGAAUCAGAAUAGUCCAGUUACGAAACUGCAACCACCCAAAUACUGCCCCGGCGACCGCGACCAGCUCGUGCGACGAUUGGCGACCUUCCAAGAGCUGACGGACUGGACACCAAAACCCGACAGGGUCAACGAGAUCGAAUGGGCGAAGCGCGGCUGGGUCUGUCAGGGAAAGGAGCGCGUUAAGUGCACGCUCUGUAACAAUGAACUGGCUGUUAAGCUGAAUCGCAAAGAGGUUGAUGGGAAGGAGAUUCCAGUGCUGAUCGCCGCAGAUAUUGCUGAGUCGGUGGUGGAUCAGUAUGCUGAGCUGAUUAUCACAUCACACCGGGAGGACUGCCUUUGGAGGAAGAAGGGUUGCGAUGAUUCGCUUCUACGAUUACCUCUGCCCAACCCCAAACUAGCCCUCGAAACUCUUCGCCGACGAUACGACGAGCUCUGCCAACGCAAGGAUUUUCUCCCUUACGAGUUCAACCUCCGCCUGCCGGAAGGUCUCGACAUCGACACCAUCCUUUCCUACCUGCCACCAAACUUCUUUACCGAGCCUUCACCAUCGAGCGCCACAACCUCACAAUCGGCUAACCCCAAUCCAUCCACUUCACACCAACCAUCAGCGAUCAACCGCACCGCCUUAGCCCUCGCCCUCCUCGGCUGGCAAGGCCUCUCGAACCCUCGUCUCGGCACCGCCGUCCCUAACUCCGCCUCCUGCCACACCUGCCUCCGCCGUCUCGGCCUCUGGAUGUUCAAAUCCAAACAAGUCGACUCGGAAACCAACACGAUCCUAGUCCCCGCGCCCAUGGACCACCUCGACCCCCUGCGCGAGCACCGCUUCUUCUGUCCCUGGAAGAACCCGCAAGCGCAGCGGAACCCGGGCGCCAAGCCCUUAGCCAGGGGCGAGACGGACAAAGCCGCCUGGGAGGUCCUAGUGGAAGGACUGAGGAACGAGAGCCGAUUGAGAGAGAAGGGCAGGGACUUAUUGCAUGGGAGGAGUAAGUCCUCCAGUUCUGGGUUUGGGUUUUUGGGAGGAGGGAAGAACAAAGGGACGCCGCAUCGGGCGACGGGGAGCGCGAGCGGAUUGUUGGGAACGCCGAUGACGCCUGAUACUCGGGGCUCAUUACAGCAACCGAAUAGUGCGCCUGGUGGUCUCCAUGUCGGAGGUGGCCAAGAAGAAGGGGGAGGGGACGAAGAAGAGGGAGACCAAGAUGAUGAUGAUGAUGAGUCGGAGGAGGCGAGGAAGAAGAAGGAUCAGGCUAUGAUGAGCAGACUGAGGAAGGUUAAGAGCUUGUUUAAUACCAAGGGGAGUAAGUUGAAAAAGUUGGGGGUUUCGCCAUCGCCGUCUCCGGGGCCGGCGGGAACUGGAGCGGUUAGUGUGCCGAAUAGUCCUAGGCCGGGAACGUCGCAUUCUACGAGGACUACCGGGACUACGGGGGCGGCUGGGACUACCGGGGGAAGCAGUGCGAACGCUCCUGUUGAGCAGUAA